AAGGUGGUAAACAAACACUGCCUUUCUGCAACUGCACCAGCAGCCACAGGAGGUAUUUUCUUUCAGCGCUGAACUUUCUUUGUUCCUGAAUACAGACUUCACUUGCCGGACGAGCAACUCUGUUUUCUUCUUUCUUUUUACCUCUAUUAUUUUUUUUUGUGUUACCAACACAAUUUGGAUCCCUAAAGAAACUGUUAUACACAAGAUAACGUUUCGUGCCUGCAGAACAAGACGCAUAAACUCCGUGCUUAACUGAGAGAAGAUCACCUCCGUGUUAUACCUUCUCAACCAACGUCGACUUCACUGAUUACUGUUGCUCCCGCCAAAGAAUCAGCCGUGCCCUUGAACCUACCGGCAUCGUCAGAACCAAGCCGAGAGAAACUCCGCUGGAUUUCCCAAAAGGACUCCCGCAUCUACUCGCUAUCAAAGCGACACGUGAGAUGUCCUCCCAAGUCAGACUGAGGCUGCUGCCGAGCGCCAGGUGUUUGUUUGACGAGCCCGUUCAGGUGAAGGUGGCCGGGCUGAGGUCGAGACAGGUGGUCUCCAUGAAAGCCAGAUCAACUGACGAGAAAGGAGUGGUGUUCAGCUCCUCAGCCACCUACAGGGCUGAUGGGAGCGGGGAGAUUGACCUGAAGAGAGACCCCUCGCUCAGUGGCAGCUACGUCGGGGUUGAACCCAUGGGUCUACUGUGGUCGAUGAGGGCUGACACUUUGCACAGAAGGUUUCAAAAAACAAAUGCACUAAACCCCCACGUGGUGAAGGUCUCUGUGCACGAGGAGGAAGGGGAGGAAAGGAUGCUGGCAGAGGCGACCAACGAGAGGCUUCUGAUUGGAGACGGGGUCAGCCGGCUCCCUGUCAAAGAGGGGAAUAUCCGCGGAGUCCUGUUUACUCCCCCAGGAGAAGGUCAGUUUCCCGCUGUGUUGGAUCUGAACAGCUUUAAGUCUGAGACAAGAGCCUCUCUGCUGGCAAACAAAGGGUUUGUGGUUCUGAAUGUAGCAGUGUUCUCUGAUAAGCCUGACAACGUGAAAGAGCUCCAUCUGGACCACUUUAAAGAAGCAGUGGAUUUCUUACUACAACAUUCUAAGGUGGGCAGUAAAGGAGUUGGUGUAAUAUCACGAUCUAAGGGGGCAGAUAUUGCGCUUUCACUUGCUGCUUAUGUACCAGGUGUUGUGGCCACAGUGUGGAUCAAUGGCUGCAGCGCCAAUACGGUCAUUCCUCUUUACUACAGAAAACGCCAAAUCCUCUCACCAAUACUGUGUGACUUCAGCAAGUUGAUUCCUGUUGAGUCAGGGGCCUUCUUUAUCAAGGAUGGUGUUACAAAUCCCCUGGCAGAGGAAAACAAGGGAAGCCUGAUCCCAAUUGAGCAAGCCAAGGGACGUUUCCUGUUUGUGGCUUCAGAGGAUGACCUCAACUGGGACAGUAAAGGUUACAUGGAGGAGAUGGUGGAGAGACUGAAGCGUCAUGGGAAGGACAACUUCGAGAGUGUGUGUUACCCGAGAGCUGGACACCUACUGGAGCCGCCUUAUGGGCCCUACUGCCCCUCUAGUGUUCAUGGGUUUGUACUCAAGCCAGUCAUAUGGGGGGGUGAGCCCAGCUCCCACGCAGCAGCUGAAAUCCACCUGUGGAAGAAGAUCCAGGAGUUCUUCAGAACCCACCUGAGCUGUGAUGCCACGCAGACUAAAGCCAAGUUAUAGAUGCAAAUAGGUUAAUAUAAAAGAACAAAUAAGAAAAUCAUGAAAUCAAGGCUGGCAGUUAACCUGAUAUAAUUGUUUAUGAAGCUGAAUGUUUUGUAAUUAAGUGAACAAUUUAAUAAUUUGAUUGUUCAUGGAAUAUAUCAUGUUGAAAUGUUAUGACCGAUUCCAACCUGUUUCAGGCUUACUACACUGAACAAAAUUAUAAACACAACUCUUUUGUUUUUGCCCCCAUUCAUCAUGAGCUGAACGCAAAGAUCUAAGACUUUCUCUGUGUACACAAAAGGCCUAUUUCUCUCAAAUAUUGUUCACAAAUCAAUAAGUUCUGUAUAUUUGUUAUAGUUAUUGCUUUUUUCCUAGUGAAUGAGUGCUCUAAUUUGAUUAUGAUCUGUUAGAGUACCUUCUAUCUACUGAUUGUUUUCAUUUGCCUUUUAGCAUCUGUCAGUCAACUGUUGAAGUGAGAAACUUUAAAGGACAAUAAACUGUUGAACGGC